AUGUGGGAUCUGAGGCGCGUUAUUCUUGGGGAGGCUUGCUUGCAGGUCAGGCAGAUUGCACAGCCGAACCGACUGCGACAUUCCUCGGCCUCUCGCGCAGCCAUCGGACUUCAGGAUACGUGGAGUCCUCCCUCGGCGAGCUGUGAUCAUCGCCUCUCUCCCUCCCUUGGGGGACGACUCGGACGUCCUCUCUCAACCAGCAAUGACUCCUUCGAUCAUGCCCACUCGACGCCAGGUUGCCGGCGGGACCGCGCGGAAAAGGAGAGGCAACAAGAGGGCGCCUUUUCGGCUGCUCCGCCUCGACUAGAUCAGAUAGCUGCGCGGCAAUGCUUCUCUUCCCUCCGCUUGGUUCGGACGCCCACUCACGGGCCUCUGACGUCUCCUCUGGGAAGCUCUCCGCUGACUAGCAAAGGAUCUUCUUCGGUUGCCAGUGAAGCGCCAGCGGUCGCGACGCGACUAGACAUAACAUCCUCAUGGAUCCGCGGGGGGCUGAGGCAGGGACGGCAUUUUUCGACGACAUCGGCGGGCGGCGCGCUCGCCGACAGCCGGUCGACAGGCGUUCAAGAGGAUGACAGACGCACGUGCGGAUACAGCGUUUCGCAGUUUGUCCGUGCAUGCGCUGAAGUGUUGGAUGAGUCUCAGCUUCGCCGAGUGGCCAUCAGGCUUGUGGAGUAUAAAAAUCUGAAGCGGCAGAAGCCUAACAGCAGGGACGCCGCUAUCCGGGCAAUCAAGAGAAUCCUUCCAGGCAAGUACCAAGACUCCAUCGCUGAACACUUGGCUCGCUGCAUCGACGUUGUGGAUCCCGACCAGUUUCAUCGCUUGGCAAAGUUGGCACGCGCUCGCCACUGCCUCGCUGACGACUUCCAUGAGAGCGUGCCGCAGUCGCGGUUGUCUGACUACACAUCCGCUGCUCGUUUUUUGACGAAGGCGUCCAGCUCGAAGGCGCAGACGUCGAAGAAGGCAGCCAGCGCUCACCAGACGGCUGAGGCGUACGAAGCCCUGUGCGACGUAGGAGACGUCGGUGUGGCUGCCACGGCCGACGGGCUCGUCCGCCAAGUGGCUCGGAGGCCACCGGCUCCGACGCGAAUGCAGGACAAACGCGUUGGCGAGUUCCUAGUACACAUUGAAGACCCCUCGAUACCGGCCGCGGGAAGCACAACAGACCGUCUCGUCUUUAUUUCGAAUAUUCCUCACGGACCGCGAAAGCAAAUACGGAAAGCUAUCAAAGAGGCGUUCAUGGGGUGCGGCAAAAUCGUCAACCUCGAGAUCUUUGAUGACCGACUGAGGACGGUGGAUGAACGGGAUGAGUUGUCUCUACAAAAACGCGGUGCAAAGGCGUCGGCGGACAAACUGCGCGGCCGGUUUUCACCGAUCUUUGCGAUCGCAGAGUUCGACACCGCUGAGGCAAAACGUCGCGCUUGCAGCACCUUCCUGCGCAUCUUCGGCGUCCCUUGCAUUGACCGGCUUCUCUACGUGGAAGAUGCGGCUGACAAGAAAACACUUGUAGCCAGCAACCUGCCCUUUGGGCUCGCUGCUGAUGAGAUUGCACGCAUACUCGCGUAUGCACUGGCGUGUGACCGCUCCGCAUCGUCGGUUCCGGCCAGCGUUUGCAGAAUCGAAAUGACGAACCCACAUGUCUACGGUUACAAGGACCUGAUUGUGGAAGCCCGCUCAGAUUGCCCGCGCCCAUAUUUCGUCUCGUUACCAGAGGGCGUUUCUGACGCCCGACGUGACGCUGCGCAUGAUGAGUGCCCAAUCGGCAGCGGUGCGUCAUUGCAGCCGUCUCUUUCAGGUCAGGAAGCGACGUGUGUUGAUGAUUGCCUCGCGCCGCCUGCCUUCCUCGAUGAGUCACCAAUGGCCCGUUUAGCAAGAAAUGCGACGAAUGAUAUCCAACUUCCAAGCUAUGAGUCGGCCGGUUACGGUCUUGCUGAGGCGGCCAUGUUGCACGCAGAAGGUCAAACCCGGCACUCCACAGAGCCCCGUCCCGCGUUUGAGCCCCAGAGGCUCAGCGUCGCCAGCUUUGAGCAGGUGCACGACCCUAAUAUCGCGCACAUUGACAUGCCUUCGGAACACUUUUGUGUUGGCAGCGCUGGCGUUCGAGUGAAACCCUCGGGGAGCGCGCCGCAGGCGGGUCCAGGAUCACGGGACAUCGACUCGUCGCCGGUAUUGCGACAAGAUCAAGCCCCCACCAUGAAGUCUCUUGGUGGCGCAGACGACGCUGCUCCAGGAUUGUUGCCGCAAGGCGACUGCCGUCCCAGGGAUGUGUGGGCAGGUUCAGAGCGACAAGCUGACGUAUCGUGCUCCUCGCAUGUGUCAGGCCAGCGCACGGGCGAGCCCCCUCAGGGCGCUGCAUCCUGGAAGGCGCUUGACCUCUGCUCUUCUCUAGAGCAUGAAGCCGCUUUUCCUCCAUUUGUAGCAGACGGGAAUGAGCCGCGCGUUUCUCACGCCAGUGCGUCGGGGGGCGGGGGCACACCGUCAGCACAACCCCUUUCAGCCCUUGCUGACGAGACGGUCCCUCACCCUAAGCUGCUGGCCGACCAAUUACAAUAUGAUGCAUCUUCGGCGCAGAGCGGUUUCUUGCCGUCAGAACCUUCCGACUCCGUAUCCCUUUUUUCGGUCACCGUAAGCCGGACUGGUGACUUGAACGAGGAGACGUUUUUUCCUGAAGAAAAGUCAGACUGCCUCGAAGAAAAAUCAUCGGAUGUCAGCGACGUCUUACCCGUCCUUCGGCAUGACCAGGAUAUGGCGAAUGUUGUGCUACAAAAGUUCCUUACAGAUCGUCUCAAUGCGCAGAACGAUGGCCUGUUCGUCCUGAGAUUCGCAUCAUUCGAGGCGGCGGCGGUGGCAAUCCGAAAGUGCAGGGGGACGGUUCUGUUUGAUAGACGCGCUCUUCUGAUCUUCUCCCCAAGGCGAUGCGUCGCCAUCGAUGGACAGUUGGUUGAUCUUCCCCUACGCUAA